AAUUAGGGUGGCCUAAACGUUUUUCAUAUAAUCGAAUAUAAAGAGCAUGUGUCGAAGAAAUUUACCGUUUGAGUCUCAGACGUAGAUGUGUUUCUUGAUCCCCAGCGUGUUGUACGAUAAAAGGAGCAACAAACACGAUACCUGGGAAAAUGGCAAGAUACUUACAUUUGACAAACUGUCUUCUAGCAGAUAAUUCAGAACUAAAAGAAGAUGACUUGUUUAUUGACACUGUAUUAGGGAUAAUAGUUGAGAAACCAGAAGGAGGUUUUGAUUCCGAAAAUAUCGAGGUGAUAGACUUAAAUGGAAAUAUUGUUUCGCCUGGUUUCAUAGAUAUUCAGAUAAACGGAUGUUUUGGUCUAGAUUUCUCAACAACUUUUUCUGGAGAGAAGCAAAGACUGGAAUUUGUUCAAGAAUAUAAUGACUCUAUGGAAAAAUUGCUGAAAUACGGAGUUACCAGUAUUUGUCCAACAGUUACCUCAAGUUUCAGUGAUGUAUAUAAUGACGUCUUGCAUAUUCUUGGACUGAAGACACGUUCCCCAACCAAGGCAGACUCUCUUGGGGUACACAUUGAAGGGCCUUUUAUAUCACCUCAAAAGAAAGGGUGCCAUCCUCCCGAAACACUUACUGCCAUGACAGACGGCUAUCAAUCACUCUUUAAAAGGUAUGGACGUGAUUUUGAGAAAUAUGCGGCUAUAGUUACUGCCGCCCCAGAAGUGGAAGGUUGCUUAGAAGUUAUUUCAGAGAUAACUAAAAGCAACCAAGUUGUUUUUUCCAUAGGUCACACAAUGUCGGAUUUUGAGACAGGAUUGAAGGCAAUUCAUAAUGGUGCAACUAUGAUGACACAUUUGUAUAAUGCCAUGCCAGCAUACACAGCAAGAAAUGUUGGUGUGGUAGGAUUGAUCUCAGCUACGAGAGACGAACUCCCGAGCGAAAAAAUACCUUACUACGGAUUGGUUGCUGACGGAAUCCAUGUUCACCCAAGUGCAAUAAAAGCGGCAUACGAUGCAAACCCAAAUAAAGCCAUUCUAGUUACUGAUGCAAUGUCCUUGAUAGGUCUCGAAGAUGGGGUCUAUAAAAGAGGCAAUCAAAGUGUAGAAAAGAAGGGGCAUUUGCUACACCUGGAAGGAACGGAAACCAUCGCAGGCUCAGCUACAUAUUUGUUGGACUGUGUGCAUAAUCUGAUCAAGUGGACAGAAAUUCCAAUUCAAGACGCACUUGCUACGAUAACUAACAACCCAGCCAGGUCGCUAAAAAUCUCAAAGAGAAAAGGAUUUUUGAAUCCGGGUUGUGAUGCGGACUUCAAUGUACUAACGAAAACCGGUAAGUUGAAAGAGGUUUAUAAGUUAGGACUGAAAGCGCAUGAUUUCGAUUAACUGAAGGUUACCCUGUCUUGAUUGUAGCAUAUUCUUGAAUUCUUCCUAUAGACUUUUUAGAUCAACUAAUAUAUUUUAAAGAUAUUCGACUAAAACAAGGGACUGAACGAAAAUGCUGCAAAAGUUAGUUCUACAAACAACCAACCUAUGGAAACGCUUAUUCAAACUCUAAAAUGUGUAUGUGUUUUUUUGUAAACCAGGGAAAGUCGGUGAAGCUGUC